UGUUGAGUUUCGUUUUUGAUUUCAAUUUAUCGCUGUAAUAGGCGUUGCCUACUGGUUUCAAUUUUUGUAAAUUGGGAAGGCGGGAGUCUGAAUGCUGCUCAAAGUGUGAUAUUGUUAUAUGUAAUUUUCUUAAACAGCUUCAGUUUUCAGCAAAGCAAACAAAAGGUGCGACCCCAGCUUUUGCAAGAAGAUCAAGAUUAGUAUGGCGACAUACGGGGAGCGUCUGCCGCUGGCGAUCGAUGAUCUGAGCGACACGGAGGACGUGGAGCUGGGUGACACUCCACCGAUCGUCUCCGACCCGGCGCCACCGCGCUUCCCCCCGCUGUCCGCGCAGACCGGGGCUUACGGCUCGUCCUCGCAGGCCGGCGGGUACGGCUCCGCCCCUCCGGCAGGCGGGUAUGGGUCCGCCCCGCCGGCAGAGACGUACGACCCCGCCCCGCCGGUCGCUGAACUGGGGGAGCGGUCGGCACUGGAUGACUGGGCCGACCCAGCCACCUUCGGAACCACGGCGCCACUCACGGGCCCGGCGCCUCCCACACCGACCCUGAACGGCGCCAGGACUCCAGAGGUCGCAGCGCCGGGCCGCACCAUCAGUCCCGGCUCGUCGGUCCGCCGCCACUCCGCCACCGUAUACGACAAACUUGAGUCGCUCAAGGCCUGGAGCAUCUCCACGUACAAGUGCUCCCGUCAGCUGAUUGCCGAGCGGCUGGGACGCUCCACACGCACCGUGGACGCCGAACUGGAUGCUAAGAUUGCCAUCCUCCGAGAAACCCAAGUUCAAUACCGGAGCUUGAUGAAAACGGCCAAGGAGCUGUCGACACAUUUGACCAAUAUGCUGUCAUCGCAGAUGCAGCUCAGUGAGCUGUUCUCUCAGCUGGGGCAGCGAACUCCCGAGCUACGACAGGAGUUCGAUCUAAACGCCGAGGCGCAGCGCACGCUGAACGAGAGUGGUCGGCCACUGCGCGACGCGCUGGCUCAGUUUGUCUCCUCGAUGGAGACGCUGUGUGAACAGACCAUCGAGGACGCGCUCACCACCAUCAAAUCGUACGAGACGGCCAGAGUCGAGUACGACGCGUACCGCGUGGACCUGGAGUGGGCUGGACAGCAGGGCGGCGACACCGGCCUGCUGGCUGAGGCCCGCCGACAGCACGACAUCAGGCUGGCAGAGUACCAGCGACUGAGAGAAAAGGUCACCGUCAAACUGACGCUGCUUGACGAGAACAGGGUGAAGGUGCUGCGAAACCAGCUGGGUCUGUUCCACGCGGCCGUCUCUGAGUAUUUCUCCGGGGACGCGCCGUCUCUGAAGACCACCCUGUGCCACCUGAGUGCCGACAGCCUGGGAGCGGGCGACGCCGGCGUGCGCACAGUCGCCUCAUAGACCCCGGCCCGCUGCGGAGGAGAGGAACACACGGAGGUCAGGUCGCCAAGGGGUGCCGGAUCUCCCGGGGGGCUACAGGAUUGACGACCUUGCUGAUCGGCCUCGGUAUAGAUGGCAUUGGAAAGCAUCGGACCAACGGAUGGAGAAUGGCUUUAAUGACGCACAGUGAAUAGUGCGAAGGCAGACUUUCCGCGCAGUGCCUGCUCUGGAGGCCUUAUCAAGGGUUUUUACUUUUGAUUAGGUCUGCUAGCUGAGAGAUCGUCUGAUGCUGCUUCGGAUGGGACAGGCGAUGGAAUUUACUAUGUAAUGCAGCGUUAGUCAGCUCAGCACGGCUCGAAAUCGGUGCAGAACCGUUGCAGUAUGCAAUUACGCAAUCAUUUUCCAUUGGCCAUCGUGUUUAUUUACGUGGUCGUAUUUAUGCAAUAUUGGUGCGCAGUCUCCGCUUGACAGCUACCCAAUGUGACACGCAUGGUGUCACUGUUGUGUGGGUGCAAUUCUGGCAAUCGAGAAGUUGUUGGAUAAUCGGAACGGGCGCUCAACUGUACCGAGUACUAUGCAUGGUUGCUGGAGUGUAUCGCUAUAAUCUUAACUUACUAUCGAACGUUUGUCAUAGCCGCGUGUUCAUAAGACAAGCGUAAACGGCCUCCAGCUAUCGCCUCUCUCGGCACGGUCUGCGGGCUUCUAGAGGUAGCACAGGGGGCGGGCAGCUUUGCGAUGCGAGAGAUGCUCAUGCUCGAGAUUGGCCGUAAGGUCUUGCCGGCAGUGUUGAGGGUGCGUCAGCGGUCCAAGGACCGGACCUCUAACAGCCUUAUGGUGACAGCUUUACUCAGACUCGGCAGCGAGCGGUCCGUUAGCUACGCGCACCAGCGGUCAGGGGGCCUCGCGGAUCGGAUUCUCUCGCGGUGCUCUCUGCUUGCCGUCUUUCCACUUCGCUCAGCGCGGUCACCGCAAUAGGUAUUAGGUAGUCAAUGCGACACGCUUAACCACGAAUCUCGAUGCGUCACGUCGGUCCGUUAUUUUAAUGACCGGCGUGCUAUUUACGCUGCAUUUAGCACCGACUGUAAAUGUGUUUUGCCUUGAUUGCGUUCUGUCGACCCUGCUUUGUGGGCUGGGUUGGAUGCGGUCUCGUAAGACUGCGAGGCUCUCAGCACUGUUCUCUGGUUGUGUUUGUUAGGCGUUCAACGCGCACAUGCUAUGAAUGCCUACACUUUGUAGAUCUCUGCAAUUAUGUAGGUAGGCAAUAGUUCCUUUCCAAUGUUCAUAAAUGUGUGAUAUCAACAAUCGUGAUAAGACAUACUAUUCAACGAUUUUGUAUAAUUAUUGGCUAAUAUCACGCAAAUACAUUAUAAUUCACUGUUUUGGAGAA